CACCAAUAUUAAGCUGCUUCUGCACCCUCCCCUCUGACUCUUAAGUAGUGUAAAGGGAAAUGUACCCGGACUACAGCCAAGUAGGACAAACAAACAGAACAGCCACAUGAAGGGGAAGGAAUGCAUUUUGGAUAUCUAAAGUGUUCUUAACUGAACUGCCUGGUGCCUUAGACUGUCCUUAACAUGCAACUGAGAUGGAGGUAACUAGCAAGGUUCCAACUGGCUUUUAUAAUGAAUCUGGCCAGGAGGACAUGAAGAUCUGGCCCUACACAGCCAUAGAGUGUACUCUUAUCAUAUUUGCAGUUGGAUCUGUCAUAUUGUCCACUGUGGUAGGCAACAUUCUUGUGGUUUUGGCAAUCUUCACCAGUCGAGCUCUGAGAGCCCCUCAGAACUUGUUCCUGGUAUCACUGGCAUUAGCAGACAUCCUGGUGGGGGCAGUAAUCAUCCCUUUCUCUUUGGCAAAAGAGGUCAUGGGUUACUGGCAUUUUGGCAGUUUGUGGUGCAGCAUGUACUUGGCGCUGGACAUAUUGUUCUGCACUUCUUCCAUUGUCCACCUAUGUGCCAUCAGUAUUGACCGUUACUGGUCCGUCACCAAAGCAGUCAAGUACAAUUUGAAGCGCACACCCAAGAGAAUCAAGAGUAUGAUUGCCAUCAUCUGGGUGGUGUCCGCCAUUAUUUCUUUCCCACCACUACUGAAAAUGAAAGAAAUAAAAAUGUGGCACUGUGACCUCAAUGACGACACCUGGUAUAUCCUGUUUUCCUGCACUGUGUCAUUUUUUGCUCCAUGCCUCAUCAUGAUCUUGGUGUAUUGCCGAAUUUACCGUGUGGCCAAACAUCGCGUCUCCAUGGUAUCUAAUCUCAAAAAUGGGAUACACAAUUGUAAAAAUGCCACAGAUAAUGCCUGCUAUCACCGGGAAUGCUCAAAACAAGAGAAUCCACACAGUGUCCAUGAUGCAGAGGAAAUGGACAUGGAGGAGAGCACAUCGUCCAUUCACAAAUUUUCUGAUCCACCAGAAAAUAACGUGGAGGACACUUCCAACUGCCCCAAAACAAAAAGGCUCUCAUGGACGUUAAACCGUGGGCAUCAAAAGAGAGACAGAUCAGUUUCCAUCUCACAGACUCGAUUGAUGCAGCUGAGAGAGAGGAGAUUAACUUUUGUGUUAGCCGUGGUUAUCGGUGGUUUUGUCAUCUGCUGGUUUCCAUUUUUCUUCACGUACAGCUUGAACUCAGUGUGUAAUGAUAAAUGUGGCAUUUCGCAUGCCCUCUUCAAUUUCUUCUUCUGGAUUGGUUAUUGCAACAGCAGUCUGAAUCCUGUAAUAUACACAGUAUUUAACCGGGAUUUUCGCAAAGCAUUUAAGAAGCUUCUCAUCAGAGGUUCUAAAAGGGCUAUGUGACAUCCCAAAGGAAUCUACAAAUUUAAGAGCAAAUAGCGACUUAGCCCUAUAUAACUUGCCUGUUUUCAACUAUACAGAAUAUAUUUUCUAAUGCUGGCUUCCUUUAUAAAUGGAUGAGAGAUUGAUAGCCAAU